UCCGUCGCUCAGCAAUAAACAGCUGGCGUCAGUGUGAAACGUUGAACGGGACUGCGCGGAACUAGUCCCUCGUCUCUCCUUCCCUCCCCUCCCAACCGAUUAUAUCUUGGCGAUCGACGCGUUCUCGGUCGCUGUCCAGCCAGCUUUCAGCGCUUUUUCGUCGUUAACUCGAGUCGGCGCGUGUCCGAGUAUACGUGUCACUCGUCCACGAAUCGACGAGGAAGCCGAACGAGUGGCGUCGCUGUGGAAAAGCUGCGGGGAAAGCGGAGUCUCUUUGUUCUUUGCGACGACUCUGCGCAUAGACUAGUAGUGCAUGCGGCGCAGCAUUGUUUGUGUUGUGCGGCGCCGUUGGUUCGGUGCUCUCCUCGUCCCUUCUUCGAGACUGGCAUACUAACGAUAAGUUAAAAUUCUGAGGAUUGUACAGAUUCUCGUAAUACGACGUCGUGACCGCUGUGAAACAACAGUGUCGCUUGAGAAGCGAACGGGAAAGAGACAGAGAGCGAGAGAGCGCGACGGACGCGGUGGCGUAACGCGGUGCGCGAGUGCUUUGUUUUGCCGAGCAGCUGAUCUGAGAACAGCUACGCGACGAUAAACGAGACGUGUUGGCAGCGAAAUCGGCCGUUCGCUCUUGCUCGUAACACGCGUGCCGGUGUGUUCUCGUGAAUCCGGAGAAGCUUUUGCCCGCCCUAUCCGACGCUGCGUUCGAGGCGUUCCGAAAGCGUCGUCGCGUCUCCAGGAACCCCGGAUCCGAUUGAUUCGACGUCAAAACACACACCAGCGGUCGAGCAGCGGUUGAUCCCGUUGCCUAAUCGAUUGCCGUCGUUACGCGUCGUCAGACGGAUUUCCGUGAGGUUCGACGUCGAGGGAGUGGAAACGAAAUCGAUUUUCGUGAUAUCGGACUGUUGACGGAAAUCACGCUCAAGUUUGUCGGAGGAAUCAUCGGAUUCUCUUUUCCACGGAAGGAUCGCUUUCUCCUCGAAAGGUUUCGAAAAAUUUUGGAGACAAAUGAUGACAUUAAAUGUUUCUUCCGUUUACAUUUACUUCAACGCUAGAACGUAUGCGGUGACGUAAACCACACCGGGAGCGGCAUUGGCAUCGGAGAAUCGCGUUAUGACAUAAGAUACGACGAUCGACCGACGUCGCUCAUCCCCACAGAAGCGGGAGUGAAUAUUCAAGUGGGUGAGCGCUCGAUCGUGCGGAGAGCGAAACUCGCCUUAACCGGAACUUUCUCGCAGUUGCAAGAAAGAACAAAGGAAGUUUCAGGUAUCGAGGAGACUCGAUGGUCAGGUAAAUCCCUUCUAUUUUGAAGCAGUCUGCUUUUAACGCAUCCUGAAUGGUAUUCUGCGACGUGACGCGAUUGACGUCUAGCGGGGCCUCGUCUCGGGAUCGACGUCGAGGAUCGCGUUAAUCGAUGCUGCAUAGUCUUGAGGGGGCCGUCCUCGCGAACGACCGAGAACGUGGGGUACGGCCCCGAUCGAGCUGACUGAGGGGAACCGUCGGGGCCGAGGGCCCCCUGCUGCUAACGGGGCCUGCGGAAAGAAGGGUCCGCGACGGCAAAUAUUCCGGGGCUACCCCUAGCAGUUUCACUUUGGUUAUCGCCACCGGCGUAUCACCGGCUUCAAGAUGCUUUACAUAUUUCACGUUGAUACCGGCACCACUAUCACUUUCGACAUCAAGCUGGCUUUACAAAGUGUCAGUCAGCUGAUGGAGGCGAUUGAGAGGGACUGUGGCGUGGUAGCGGCUCAUCAGGUGCUGCUCAUGAGCGGAGGCGAGUGCCUGGAACCGACUGCACGCGUGUGUUCCUACUCAGCUGGAACCGACACGAAUCCGAUCUAUCUAUUUAGCAAGGCCGCCAUUGAGAGCAGCUUACCGCCCACACCGAGUAUAGAUUACGGUUCCGAUGUCGACCUCCAGACUCAGAUCGACGCCUCACUGGCUAUGCCAGCCACUUAUCAAACCGUUUGUGCUCGUGCUCAUUUAGCUCAACAAUGUUGCGGUCUAGCGCGAGAACAAACAAAGAUCUGCGAGAGGCUGGUUCACGAUCAGCAUCUUCAACAACAAGGUUCAGCGGUAGUUGCAAAUCUCGAGGAUAUCACGCAAAUGUUUCAAUCCCGAGCCGAGCAAUUUCAACAGGCCUUUGUCCUGUACCUCGCCGAAAGGCAACAACAUAUGGAGCUCCUUGACAACUUCAGCGCCGAUCUCGGUACCCUCGCAAAAAUUCCUAUUCUACCGGCCUUACGAGCGCAAGCUGAGGGCCUGCUGAGUCUGGAUGACCAGCCUAGUCAUUCGUCCGAGUCCGCGUCGGAGGACUCCGGGGAAGUGCUAAGCCUACUUCGAUGGAUCUCAGCGAAGGACAAUCAGAGCAGCCUAGAGCAAGUGGCGGAUCAGUGCUCGCGCGGCUUGGAACAGUUUGACGAACGGUUAAUGCAGGCCCUGAAGGCCGAAGUAAACACGGCCAUCGACAACGCUAACAAGCAGGAGAUGAAGGAGAUCAAGGGUUUGGGCGAGAGAUUGUUCGCCCUGGAACAGUUGAUGGUGCAGACCAAAAGGCUCGUUCACGAGCAAGGCGAGCUGGCUCAGGGUUUCCUACAGAAUCAGAAUCGUGCUACCAAUCUGGGUGACGCGAGCGUUCUGCCUGAUCUCUGCACCUCCCAUCGCCGACAGUUGGUUGUCAUGCUGCAGAAUCACAAUCAGCUGCGCGACAUCCGUCGUAGAUGCACCAAGGCGAAGGAAGAGCUCUCGGUGAAUAUCUAUCAACGACUCAAGUGGAUCAUGUACGUAGAGAACAAGAUGGUGGAAGUGGGCAACAAGCUGAUCAUAUAUCACGAGAGUCUAAAGCGGUUGAGGAGGCACCUGGAGGUGCUUCAGCAAAUCCACUUGGCUCCACAGAUGUACAUAAGCGCGGUGGUCGAGGUGGUCAGAAGGCGCACUUUCUCACAGGCUUUUCUCGUGUGGGCGAGUAACCUCGCGUGUCAGUUGCUGACGGUUCACAGCGAGGAGCUGGCGCGUAGGCGAGAAUUUCAGAGCAAAUUCGACGGCCAUUUCCUCAACACCCUUUUCCCCGGUCUGGAAGACACGCCGCCGCCGUUCGCGACGCAGGCGCCUUCCGUUUUCGACAACGAACUACCCAAGCUGACCGUGGACGACAUGGAAUCACUGAGAUCACAGCUUCCGGAUUUGGCGCUCGCAAUCUCCACGCCAAAUUUGAAUAGCAUCACACAAUUUUUCUUAUCCAAGAGCUUCACCGAAGGCAGCACCGAUGACAACAAGGAAAAAGACGCCACGUCGGCGAGCACUGACAUUCCCGCGAAGGAACAAGAUCGGGCUAGAGUGCCGAUGUUAUCCGACAGGGGUGGCUUCGAAUCCGAAACUGAUACGGAGGAGUUCGAGAAGAUCGGUCAGGCCGGCGUGGACGCGACUAAACCCAGCGUGUUCGACGGGGCGAAACAAAAGCGGCAAAAGCAAUUGGAGGUUGGUGCCUCUCGAAGCGUGUCCCCUGCUUCCUCGACCUCAACUAACGUCUCCCCGCUAAACUCGAAAGUCGCGGAUCUAACAACGCGUUCGUCCACGUCAAGCGAACCCGGCUCUUUCCAAUUUCCCAGCCUGUCCGUCGCAAGCGAGCGCCCGGCGCAGCUGAGUCCGCUGACCGAAUGCGUGGAAAACGGCGCCGCCGACUCUUCCGUUUGCUUGCUCCGUAGUGGUGCGAGCGGCCUCUCCAACUAUCGCGACGUCCUGCCGCUCGAGGAGCAGCAUUCCCUCAGCCCGAAUCCCCCUUCCCUGACACGGUCCUCCGUCAUGUGCGACGGCCAGCACCAGCAUCAGCAUCCGUUAUCCGGUAGCGGCGGUAGCAGUCCCUCUGUCGGCGUGGGCGCUACCGACUUCAUGGGUACCGAGUUUUACAUGGACGAGUCCCUACCCAGCAGCCUCAGCGAGCAUCCCGCCGACGGCCAGCAUCAGGCUAUCGUAUCCCUCCUUCAGGAGAAUCUUGGUAACACGCGUGAAGAGGUGGAAAGGUUGCGUUCCAUUCUGAAGACUAUGAAGGCAGUCGUACGCGAGGAACUGACUUCUGUUCGAAACGAAUUGGCGAUUUUGCGAGAUCAGUCCAACGAUGGUAAGAGCCUCACUGAGAUGACGGAGCGCGUCCGAGUGGCGUUAUCUUUGUACUCGCAGGAUUGUGAUAGUCGUUUGCAAGAGCGCGAACAAGAACUCACGAUUGAACACGAGUUCAAGAUGGCAGAUAUUAAGAAACUAAUGCAGAAUCACGAAGAAGAAAUAUGCACGCUGAAACGAAAUCUUUUAGAAAAAGAGACAGAAUUGGCGGAGCACGAACGGUUAGUGGCCACAAUGCGUCAAAAGCUGGAGGACGAACAAAUGGAAAAGAGAAAUUUGCAGAGUCGUCUACAUCAGCAACUUGAGGAUUACUCAAGGAUAUUAGAGCAAACGCGUUUAGACAAAGAAGAAGCUGUGAAAAAGACGAAUGACGAGAGAUUCCUCGAAAUCACUUCCUUGACGAAUUCUCUCGCGCAAUGUCAGAAGCGAAUUCAAGAACUGGAAGAGAAUCUGGCCACUGCUCACAGUGAUCAAGAAAGAAUAGUGAAAGAGACAACUGACAAGUUCCAAAUGGAAUAUAAAACAGAAUUAGAAACUAUUAGGAGUCGUUUCAAGCUAAUGGCUGCUUCCACCAUGGAAAGGAGUCCCAGCGAUUCUAGUCUAGAAAAAAUUGAACGAACGGAUGUUAUCGAGCUUGUGAAUCAUGAGGCGAUUCUAGCGCAAGCAAAGGAAGAUAUGAAAGUAGAAAGCGCCAUGGCACUUCGUACCGCUAUUGAGAAAGAGAGGGCUGAUUGCAUGGCGAAAUUGGAUAACGAAUUAAGAUUGGCGAAAGAAGUGGUCGAAGAGAAGAACAGAGAGAUAGAUCUGUACAGAGUGAGAACGGCUGCAUUGAUGGAACAGGGCAAGCAUUACAAGAACACAAUAGACCGAUUGAUCGAAGAAUUUGAAUUCAAAUCUGAUAUACAGCAAAUAUUGAAGGAAAAGAUGAAAAAUCUUGAAACGGACAAAGCACGGCUAGAGAGUGAAGAAUCUGCAGAGCGAACGGUCUUAGAACAAAACGAAAACAUUGUGUAUCCCAUAGAAGCUGCAGCAUGCAAGGACCCGAGUUACGAUCGGUUGACUGCCAGUCAAGUCGGUUUGCAGGAAGUCUUCAAGGAUGUCGAUACCGACAAAUACGACGUCGAAGUCUCAGAAUCGAAGAAAGUACGAUUGGAGGCUGGUGACGACGAUUUGACUCGGCUGUCCAGGCGACUUGAAUCUCUCGAAAACGAUAACAAAAGAUUAUCCUGCGAGUUAAAGACGAUACGCGCGAGUAAAGUAGUGGCCGAAGCGAAGGUGGAGACAUUAAGGACGGAUAAGAUUCGUUUGGAAAUCGAGUUGCUGAACGAACGAACCAAGAGUAUAUUUGGCGUCGAGUCGAUGCCUACGGAAAGUCGCGACAAGGAAAUGAAUGCAUCGGUUGCGAUAGUUACGGACUUAACUUCAAGUCGAGACCAGGCUACCAGUCCAGAACCGAGUCGACGACCAUCUUCCAAAUCAGCUUCCACCCUUAUACGCUUGCACCCUUCUUUUCCCGCCUACAUAAAUAAGAAAGUCGCGGAAAAGAUGGACAAGAUGGUGCAACAGGGAAUUGCCAGUGUCACCAGUUGCAAUGCAGGCGAUGUAGUUCUCGUUUUUUGGGAUGCAGUACACGGCAACUACGCGGUGUAUCAGGAAUCUUCAACUCUUUAUUUUCUUCAUUCAGACUAUGUGGGCGCACUGGACAUAGAGAUGAACCCGAACAGUUCUCGGAGGUGCGUUCUCGCGGAAGUGAUCGACAAAGAAUAUUGUCAUGCAAGAAAGCAGGAAAAUCGGUACCAUGUUCCACGUGGUACAAAAUUCUACAGAGUGCGCGCUAAACCACGAGAUGGACGCGCACUGAUUGACGAGACGGGUUCGAUGUCGAAAAGUCAACUACCGUAAUUUUACGUUCAGACUAAGUGUCGAGAAUCCCUUGAUUCUUGCCUAGUACAAGCGCUGUGAUCGAGGGUUUGCGACGGCAGGGCCGCGUUCGUUAGGGGACCAGCGACCCGGAACGCAAAUCCCGAACUUACGUCUCCGCAACCAUCCGGAAACCUCGGAUCUAGGCCAAAACCUGCCAGAGCCUCUAGACGCAUCCUUGAUAUCGAUGACAUGUGAUGGGGUGAUGAUACACGGAAAGAGGUAUGCGCAAGUUGGGUAACAUGAAAUGAGACGGAAGGAUGCGCCGGCGUUUUAUUGUGAUAUAAGUAAUUUUUAAACGAGUGAAACAUAUUUGCCGAAUGCUGUGGUUAGCUGUGAAGCAUAACGAUAUUUGUAUUCUUCGAUUUUCCUUUUUUCAUAAACGAAAAAACAAAGGAAUGUGAGUGUUGAUUCUCUCUUUCAAUAAUUUGAUAGGCUGACCAGUGUGUGUGUGAGAGAAAGAGAAAGAGAGAGAAAGAUUGUUUAACUUCAGUAGUACAAUGCGGGAAGAUGAGAGCGUGUCUCUUGAGACAAUGUUCAGCUCUUCCUCUCUCCGCAUUUUGAUGAUUAUCUUUGCACUAUGAAAAAAAAUGUAGCUAUAAGUUUUACAAAACGAAGGUAUUGUGCGAAAUAUGCGAUUUGUGUAUUAUAAAUAUACACAGUAUCAGAUAAAUGUAUUCGAACAAAUGCUUUAUUUUCAUAUUUUCAAUGCCUCUUUUACUAGUAUUAAUUGACUAAUUUAUAGAGAAAGAAAAAAUGAAUAAAUUAUCUCGGUAAAUGUGUGAAAUUUUGAUAAAAAAUAUAUGUGUCAAUAAUAAAUAAAAAGUAUUCAGGAAUUUAAUAUUAACAGAAUUAGCAAAAAAAUCAUCUAUUGGCAUAGAUUUACGAAAAUAAAUAACAAAAUAUUGCCCAAAAUGCAUUUGUAAUUGUAAUAAUGUUCGUAAAAGUAUUAAAAUAGAAAAAAGCAAAUAUUGUCCAAAUACAUUUGUUUGGUACUGUAUAUAACCGUAUCAGAUAAUACGUAGAAUGCAUAUAUAUAUAUAUAUAUACCAUUAUACGAGGCGUGCAAUAUAUCCGCGUACGGAAAUCUCGUAAGUCCUAAGACGGAGCUAAGAUUUUGUAAAGUGGAAACUGUCUCGUGACCGUGUUGUGCAAUUUCGCGAAUACACCUAACACAUUCAGUUUAUACGAAAAUGCUAUCGCACUAACGCGAUUGUAUAUUUCCGAUGAUUCAUUCGACAAUGCCUUGUGUGAAUUUUCUUCGCAAAUCGUCUUUUCAUUUAUCUCUUUAUACUUUGAUUUCUCUUCUCUUGAUACUCUUUAUAAUCAUUUUGUAGUAUCUACGGAGAAACGUGAGUCAAUGUUUCAUUUUGAUAGAGUGGAAAAAAACAAAAGCUACAAUAUCAUUUACUUUGUACGCAAUUUUCAAAUAUUAAUUUAAGCAAUGUCCUAUUGUAAAGCUGACCUGAAAGAGAGGCGCACUCUGAGAGGCGUAGAAUGUAUUUUAUAAAUGUACACAUACCACGCAUGUAUAUAAAUUUUUUUCUAUUGCGUUUGACCGGUGUCCAUGUGCAAGUAUGCUCAUCGUUUACAUAUGAAGAGACACUUGCAAAUGAUUGCUCCUAAUCUCUUAGUUAUAUUAUAUCAUUGUAUUGUUAAGUAUCGCCACUAUCAUUUUUUUGCGACGCAUAAACAUUCGUAGUACAAUAGCUGUGAUUGUUAGCUUCACUUUCUCACUUCUAUUUAAUUGUUAAUUAACUUAAUUCCUUGCGGUGUCGAGCGAUGAUUCGUUCUUUGUUUGAUCGAAAAUGAACUUGUGAAUAUUUUCUUUCUUUUCAUAAAAAAAAAAAAUAACGUGAAACCAAUUCUCUCGAUCUUCAAAGAACAAUGAUCAUCGUUCGUUCGCGACGAUUUCAAAUUGGUGCGAACUAUGGUAAAGCACCAGUGAAAAGCGGUUUGCAAAGUAUGCUGAUACGUAAGAUAAACCGUUCCGUAGAAUAUCGAGCUAUCUCGAGCUUCUCUCGAGGGAACGAUACAUUCGCUUUCGGCGUAUUGCAAAGUAGCUAGUAAUUAUUAAAUUACUCUUUCGUCUUCAACGCGAAUGCACCGCGUACACCGCAUAUGCGCGCGCGCAAGACGAUUGACUUGUAUAACGCGGCUUUCCGAGGGUGGAUGGGCGAAAAUUUUCCUCCUCUCUCAGGAACACCGUCUCUACCUUCAUCAUCGUUUGUCACAUGAAAUCGCACACGGAGGAAAAAAGUGUUCUUCUAUAAGGAAAUAAUGCGAUCACUGUGUAAAGAAACGAUGACAAUAGUAACAUGUUUUACUGCCAUCGCGAUGAAAUUACUUAUACAAUUCGAACUGUAGAAUCGAUCUCUGUAUGCGAUUUUCGUGUAAGUUUAUGUGCACCUACGGUUCCUAUUACACCAAACUUCUUCGUAGGUUCGAUAACGCCAUGGAUACACGAUGCACUAAAACCCUGCAGGCACGCAAAGCUAGAUACCACGUUGCUUCGAACUGAAUAUUUUUCGAUAAAGCUCACUUAUUCUCGUACUUGAUAUGCUCUCUCUUUUUUUUAGAUAUAUUUAUAAAUUCGUGACACCAACAAUGUAACUGUUGAAAAAUGUGAGAAACGCGAGUCAAUGAUUCUAUUCAUUGCAUAUAUUUGGAAAUAAAUAGAGUUUUAUCAAUUCUUACAAGAGAAAAAGAAGCAAAACACAUUUGCACAUACGCAAUCUACGUCCCUUUCAUACUUUCCAAAAAUUACGUUUGGAAAUUAUCCAAGAGCGGAAAUUUUCAAAGGGAGAAAAUCUUGUUAGAAACAUGUGUAUAUAAAUGUAUCCGCAUACGAUACCGUGAUAUUAAUUUGCACCAAACUUGUAACUCGAGAAAUGGUGAAAAACGUUCAACUGGGACGUCGAGAAGCGGUCGCUCGACGUCGCAGAUUAUAUUUUUCGCUAAGAAUCUCGAGACUAAACUCUAAGUAAACUAUGUGAAACUGAUGUAAUCUUGUUGCGUACCACAUGACACAAGACAAAGUGCGACAGUGUUUUAAAAUGCAAACUCAUAAUUGACUAAUUCCAAUUUUUUAUUCUUAGAAAAAAAAUACUCUAACAAAUUAAACCUUGAAAUAUUUUUCGAAGAAAGUAAAACGAAUUUUUGCACAAUUUAGCGACAGGCUGUAACAAACUAUUAAGUUAUCAGCCUUAUUUCGAUUUUAUUAAAUUAAGAAUUUAAAUAUCACGUUAUCAUCGAAGUAUUUCAAAAGUGCAUCAUCGAAAUGCUCGUAUUUCUGAUAGAAGAACAGUCGAUCUUGCUCGACUGAAAAAAUUGAUACUACCAUUAUUAAAUUUACUGUUGCAACACCUGAUAGUAUAAGAGAAUGAAACUAUUUCGAUGAAAAGAAACAACAUUAGAUUAGCAAUACUUUUGGAAAGAGUAAGCAUGAAAUAAGAAAAUGAUUUGUCUCCGUAAUCUUAAAUUAGCGCAGUUUAUUUUGUCAUAUACCUAAGAUUAAGAUAUAGCUGUAGGAAAGCUUCAAUUUGUAUGAUUAAGGUUUUUUAACGACAAAUUUAAUGUUUCUAAAUUAGUGAUUGGAAAUUAAUUGUAAAUAUUAAAGAGAUCGAGUUCACGUCAUUUCCGCUAAUUUUCAAUUAAUGAAUUAAAAUUAAUUUCUAUUAUUGAAUUAGAAUAAAUUGUCAAAAAACUACGAAUAAUGAGUGUUUGUUAAUUAAAGGGGACACUUGUCUUUCAUGAUCGAGGAAAUUACAAGGGACAGAAAGUCAAUCACCAAUCAAGCCAACGAUAGUGUUUUGAUCGAGCUUAAAAAUCAUAAAAAUCAUAAACAUGUGCAUAAUAUUAUCUAUAAACUUGGCUGCCGUGAUUUUAGACACGAAAGCAAACCAAUCCUCUUUUUUGAGUAAGCCCAUACGAAUCUCGACACCGAAGGAAAUCUUUAAAAUCUCUACGCGCGUUUUCCUCUUCCUCUUUCUUUAUUUUUUCGGUAAUUCUUCCUAAUAACGCAUUAUUUGAAGAAAAAAAACUCUGCAAUUGCGCGGACGAAUUUUACACAUCAUCACUAUUCAUGUGUCCUGUUACGUUCGCCAUUUGCGAACACUCUCGUAAAAACUCUAUCUCUCAUAAAGGAUAAGUAAGGAAGAUAUUGCGCAUGUGUAAUCGAGAAAGUGUAACGCGUAGGCAUAUGAUAAUAAUAAUAAUAUUGCAUUACAUACAUAACAAUUGUGAUCGUGAGAGUAUCUAUUGCGAAUAAAAAUCAGUUACAAAUAAAUCAUGUGACCUUUUUCCAAACUAGA